CAGAUUGCUGCAAUUCCUGCGACCGCGACAACUCAAUCUUCGACCAGAAGACUCCCCACCUCCGAAAUCCCUUGAGAAGAUCGGAAGCACACAUUCACAAUGGCCAAGUCCAAGAACUCGUCCCAGCACAACCAGUCGCGGAAGGCGCACCGCAACGGUAUCAAAAAGCCCAAGACUUCAAGAUACCCGUCGCUGAAGGGUGUCGACCCCAAGUUCCGCCGCAACCACAGGCAUGCCCUGCACGGCACGGCCAAGGCCCUGAAAGAGUUCAAGGAGGGCAAGCGGGAGACGGCGUGAUUUUCCUCUUCGGGAAACGAAAGAUACCUGGCGAGAUGAUGGACGACGACUAACGGCAAACAACGGGAAACCUGGAACGGAAUAAAAGGCAUGGGGCGGCGGGCACUCAUGGGUUUUCUUCCCGCCUCACCUGGAGUUUUUGACGAGCUUUUUUCUCUCUUAG